AAACAGAACUCAUUUUAAAAGCGCUCUAACCGACAGCUCAUUAGCCUCUCGUUACUCUCUCUCUCUCUUUCUCUGAAACAACAUCACCAUGUCUACUUCAUCUUCAAGCCAAUCCUCAACUCUUAAAAUAGGCAUAAUAGGCUUCGGCCCCUUUGCACAGUUCUUGGCGAAAACCAUGAUCAAGCAAGGCCAUAUAUUGAGAGCAACUUCUCGUUCUGAUCACUCUCAGCUCUGUCAAGACUUGGGUAUCUCAUACUUCAGGGAUAUGGUUACAUUUCUUGAAGCAGACAACGAUAUCAUUCUGUUUUGUACGUCAAUACUCUCUCUUCUAGAGGAUAAAGAAACUAAAGGAUGUAGAAUGCUGGAGAUGUCUUGUGAAGAACAUGAUAGAAUGGCUGCUAGAAGUCAAUUUCUUACUCAUACCAUUGGCAGGAUUUUGUCAGAAAUGGAGAUCAAGUCCAUACCUAUGAACACAAAAGGCUUUGAGUCACUUGUUCAGUUAAAAGAGGGCACUGUAAAGGAUAGCUUUGAUCUGUUUAGUGGGUUAUUUAUCUGCAUUAGAUUUGCCAAACAAGAGCUAAAGAACCUGGAAAUUUCCUUUGAAAAGGUUAAGCAGAAGCUACUAGAUAAGAUGAACGUCAUGCAGAAUGUAAAUGACUCCAACCUCUAAUGUAGAUGACUUUUGCCAACAAAAAUGACCUCAGAAAUUAAAAAUUAAAAAUAUUAUGUUUUGUACUCUAGUUUUUGCAACCAAAGACAAUGGCGUAUUUUAUAUUUAUCUUUUCAAAUACAAUUCCAUGGGAUAUCCAUAUGCAUCUAUAAUAUUUGUUAUAACAUUACG